GAGCACAAACAACAUCACGGAAUGGAAAGUCCACGGAAGAGGCUAGUUAGCUAUGUUAUGAUAUGUUAGCUGGCUAAAACCAAAGUUAUUUCGUUGAAAUUAUGAGUUACUGAUAUUCUAAAAUUACUUGCAAGGAAAGGAGGACAAUAUGGAGGAAAAACCUCAAAAGCCAGAGGGUGAGGAAAACAGCUUUGAAUCUCUGGAGAAAGAAUUCCAGGAAGUCCUCAACGAACUCAUCGGGGACAAGAGCCUGGACAAAUUCAGAGUGGAGUACGAGAAGCUCACCAAUGCCUUGAAGAAGUCUCACGAAAGUGAAAAGAGGCUCAUGCUCAAAUGCAGGGAGCUGAACGCCGAGAUCGUGUCCAACUCCGUGAAAGUGGCCACGGCGCUGAAACUGUCCCAGGAAGAUCAGACAACCAUCACGUCUCUGAAGAAGGAAAUCGAAAAGGCCUGGAAGAUGGUGGACGCGGCUCACGACAAAGAGCUGAGGACCAAAGAGGUCAUUCAGUCGCUGAAGGCGGAGAUCGCAAACUUGACCAAGCUGGUGGAACAAAGCUCCGGGCUGUCCCUGGGUCAGGAGCACAGCGUGGGCGACCUGCUGAAGAUCAAAGAGGAGCUGACGAGCGAGAGGGACCAGCUGCUGUCGGAGGUGGUGACCCUCCGGGACGACCUCACCAAUGCCACCGCAACCCAGCAGGAGAUGGAGGCCCAGAAGGAGAUGACCAUGGAGUCCAUAUCUCAGCUCCAGCAGGAGAUCCAGGUGCGUCAGAACGAGUGCUCCAGGGAGACGCGGAGGAAGGAGAAGCUGGAGAAGGAGGUGAAGCAGAUGCACGCGGACCUGGAGGCCAGGCAGGGCGACAUCAAGGUGCUCAGCCAGCAGGGCCAGCGCAGCAAGGAGGAGCAGCAGAGGCUGGAGCAACAGCUCAGGGAGCAGAAGAUCCUGAACGAGCGAGCCACCAAGGAGCUGGAGCAGUUGCAGGUGAGGAACAGCAAGCUGCAGCAGGAGAACGAGAACAACGCCGCCAGCCUGGAGCACGUCUCCCUCGACAAUCACCAGAGGGCGUCCGACCUGAAGGUGAAGGAGGAGGAGGUGAGUCAGAUGCGUCAGGAGAUAGCCAAGCUGACGAAGACGCGGGAGGCCACCCAGCGGAGGCUCCGGCAGACGGAGGAGCAGAAGCUGGACGUGGAGCAGCAGAGGGACACGCUGAAGAACCAGAUAGCCGGCCUGGACAGAGAGAUGGAGUCGUCCAGGAAACAGGUGGAGGUCGACAAGAAGGCCAUCGACGAGCUGGUCCGGGAGAGGGACAUCCUCAACAAGAACAUGAUCAAGGCGGCCAACGCCACAGAGAAGCAGCUGAACAUGGUGAAGCUUCACGAGCAGUCCAAGAAGAACCUGGACCAGGAGAUCAUGAACUACCGCGACGAGGCCCAGAAGCAGCGCAAGAUCAUCUACCAGCUGGAGAAGGAGCGGGACCGCUACAUCAACGAGGCCAGCGACCUCACGUACAAGGUGCUCCAGCACAUGGAGGACAUCAAAGUGCGCGAGAUGCAGAUCUUCGACUACAAGAAGAAGAUCGCCGAGGCGGAGACCAAGCUGAAGCAGCAGCAGAACUUGUACGAGGCGGUCCGCUCCGACCGGAACCUCUACAGCAAGAACCUCAUCGAGGCCCAGGACGAGAUCACGGAGAUGAAGAGGAAGCUGAAGAUCAUGAACCACCAGAUCGACCAGAUGAAGGAGGAGAUCAAUGGCAAGGAGACGGCCCUGGUGAAGGAGCACCUGGAGUCCAAGAGGGUGGAGAAGGAGAAGGAGGCUCUCAAGGAACGCUGCGGUAACGACAUCAACAACCUUGUCCCACUGUGCUGCGGAGGAAGUGUCAUCGUCAGCUCGGUGGUGGCCGUGCUGUGGCGGUACCCUUCAGAGUGCCGGCCGGGCCGACCCCGCUGUGAACGCUCGGCUGCUGUACCCACUCAAUUAUUCCACGGCGAGGUUGGAACCUUCCACCUUCUCAGGAUCCCACUCGGUGGAGCCUUGGAGCUGUGGCUCCAUUUCAGACCCUCCAUCUACUCUCCCUCCACGCUCACCAGCUGGGCCUUCUCCCUGCAUCCAGAUGUAGAAAGUUCUUGA